AUGGCUCCGACGUUUGCUGAUGACAUGAUUUCUACCUCUACUACUCUCCCUCGCUCUUCUCCUUCGCCUUAUCUUUGGGACUUGCAGAAUCAAAGUUCUCACACAACUUUUGAGUUUUUUCUUUUCCACCCACCCACCCCCGUGGUUUCCCACCACGACAGGGAUCCUUGGGUUUAA